AUGUCCACUAUCGUGCAUUCUUUGCGCGAAUAUCGCCCUCCUACUCGGGCACAACAGUUUGCCAACUCUUUUGGACUACCUCUGGAUGAAGCUCCAUAUGUGGAUGCUGCAGGUAACCGCGCAGAGAUCAUAUCGGCUAUUUUAAGCAUAAAAAACUCCGACACGGGUAGUGUCCAAGAGGAUCUUGUAUUUGCCGGACGGCUGACUCUAACUAGCUCUUUUCUAUGUUUUGCUAGCCAUGGUGAUCGUGGUCGCGGGUGCCGUCUUGCGUUACCACUUAUGACAGUGCGUCGUGUUGAGCGAUUGAACACUCGGGACUCUGUUUUUGCGCUCAGUAUUACCCUGUGGCAUGGUCUUCAGCUGGUUUUUCAGCUCAAUGCACUUCGUCCUUCUUGCGAAGGUUUUUGCAAUGCUAUGCGGGACCGACUUCGUGCUCAUCUAGGUGAGAUGAAACAACUAAAACCCUUUCUUGAUUCUUGCUAUAGUGAAGCGCUACUGAAAGAAGCAAAGGAGGAAAAUCAAGAGAAAAUCACAGAAGAUGAUGCGGAAUCUAAUACAGAAAUUCCGCCAUCCUAUCUAAUGGGUCUUGGAUCCACGUUUGGUUUUCCGGGUGACCCGAGAAAGCUCAAGGAGAAAAGCAAGAUGCGACUCUGGACAGAUUACCUGCGUUUACACGGUCGCAAUAUUACCUUGUUGCGCUAUCCUCAGUUUACUCGGCUUGUGCAAGUGGGUCUUCCAAAUAUGUUGCGUGGAGAACUUUGGGAAGUGGCAAGUGGUUCCAUUUUUCAACGCAUGGGAAAUCCCGGCGUCUACGAAAAGCUACUCAAAGACCACGAAGGGCAAACGAAUCUGAGCACGGAGGAAAUUGAGAAAGAUCUAAAUCGUUCUCUUCCCGAAUAUGCUGCCUACCAGACACCCCAGGGUAUUGAAACUUUGCGCCGUGUGCUGGUUGCGUAUAGCUGGAGGAACCCGGAGCUGGGGUACUGUCAAGCCAUGAACAUUGUUGUGGCAGCACUUUUGAUUUACAUGUCGGAAGAACAAUGUUUUUGGCUAUUGGAUAUGCUAUGCGAUCGCCUUUUACCUGGAUAUUACACACAGUCUAUGGCUGGAACAUUGCUUGACCAAAAAGUGUUUGAAAACCUAGUGCAACAGACAAUGCCCAUGCUUCAUGAGCAUUUCGUCAAAAAUGAUAUGCAGUUGAGUCUUGUUACUCUUCCAUGGCUGCUUUCGCUUUUCAUUAACAGUAUGCCAAUGGUAUUUGCAUUCCGCAUCAUCGACUGUUUCAUGGCAUUUGGAUCCCAGGUGCUGUUCCAAGUGGGACUUGCUAUCCUAAAAAUCAAUGGAGAAGCUAUUCUUAGUGUGUCGGAUGACGGUACUAUGAUCGGUAUGCUUCGCAAUUACUUUCGCACAUUGGGGGAUAGUGCAUAUCCUGAAAGUUCGGAUGAACGGCGCAAGCAAAUCACCAAGUUCCAACAACUACUGGUGAUUGCAUUCCGUGAAUUCUGCAUUGUAUCAAACGAUACAAUCGAAUCCGAACGGAAGCGAUUCCGACAGCAAAUCGUUGAGGAAAUCGAAGGGUUCGCUCGUCGGUGUGCAAUUCGCAACUUAAAAGAUCACGGUCGAUUCUCCAAAGCGCAGCUGUACGUAAACUGCAAGUUCACUAAUAGCAGGACACUCAUCUAUGAUCAUGUGGUCGAGGCCAUUUACCGUGCUCGUCAUGCGCCAGAAUCGUUGACACUAGGGGAUCAGGUCCCUGCCAGUGUGGAUCCAAUGCAAGAUCUCAAGGAAAUGCGUGUGAAUCUUACGACUUUCCGCCUUUUCUUAGGUGAAAUAUUCACUUGGGCGCGCGAUGAAUAUAUCGUCAGGAAUGGCCUACAGGAGCGAAUUGAGCGCCGUGUACCGGACCAAAGUCUUUCUACGAGAAUCUUCCAGGACUGGGACCAUGAGAAACGUGGCACAUUGUCUCUUCAGGAUAUCGUCACAGGUUUAGACGAAAUCAUGUUCCUAGAUGGAGAUAUUUCUGGGGCUAUGGCCUGGCUUUUUCGCAUUCACGCGGAUGGAAAAGAUAAGCUCUCCAAAAAUGAUAUCCUCGCAUUGUCCGAAUCGCUCCUAUUCAUGUACCGUAACGAACCUGGUGAUGAACAUCUCGGAGCCAUCUCGACCUUUAUCAACAAGUCAUUUGAGCUUGGGAAAGACUUGGAUGCAUCUGGGUAG